GCCCUGAGUACGUAACGCAGUGUCCAAUUGAACCUGGAACAAACUUCACUUAUGAAGUUAUAUUAUCUGACGAAAUAGGAACUCUGUGGUGGCAUGCCCACAGUGAUUGGACUCGUGGCUCCGUCCAGGGUGCCUUUGUCAUUUUACCAGCUGAGAACGAAACUUAUCCAUUUCCCACGCCUGAUGCGGAUCAAACAAUCAUACUUCGUAGCAUAUCUCUUCUACUCUUCAUUUUUCCUUUUUAAUAGUUGACUGAAUCUUUUUUCUAUUAUAUUGUAUAUUGACAGAAUCAUGGUAUAACGAAGACUACAAGCAAAUCAUCGAUCAAGCACUUGCAACCGGUCUCGCUCCACGCCAACCAGAUGCAUACGCUAUCAAUGGACAUUUAGGAGACACAUAUGGAUGCCCCAACGGUGCGUUCUGGCAUUAAAACAAGGAUCAAGUUAUCCCUUUGAAUAUUGUUUCUGGUAAUUAUUUUUCAAUGUAAAUUUACCUAUUGCAGAUACAAUAUUCCGUAUGCAAGUUGAUUAUGAGAAGGCAUAUCUUUUCCGCAUAAUCAAUGCUGCAAUGAAUGAACCAAAAUUCUUCACCAUCACAAACCACAGCCUCAUACUCGUCGCACAAGAUGCCUCCUACGUUCAAAGGUUUGCAAGCGACUAUAUUUUGAUAAACCCUGGACAAACCAUGGAUGUUCUGGUCUAUGCGAACCAAAAUGUUGGCCAAUAUUAUAUGGCUACUAGGCCUUUCUCCGACUCCUCCGCUCCGCCUGUUGACUUUAUAACUACUGGUGUUUUUCAAUAUACAAACAGUGAGGGUGGACUGAAUGCUUCCUUUAUAACUCUGCCCGCAAGAAACGACACAAAUGCUACAAAUAACUUUAUCAGCCAAAUCAGGAACGCAAACGUCACACAAAAUCCACCAUUAAAUGUGCCGACAGAUAUUGAUAGACGAGUCUACAUCGCAAUCGCCACAAACACCAUGCCUUGCAACACCUCAGAAUGCCUUGUGCUUGAUAGAUUUGUAGCAAGUUUGAACAAUGUCAGCUUUGUUUUCCCACGUAUUGACAUUCUCCAAGCAUACUACAACAGUAGCACCAAUGGUGUUUUCACCGAAGAUUUUCCCCUUUAUCCACCUGUGUUCUAUGACUUCACUGGAAACUUGACUGAUUUGAAUACGAGAACUAAUCUGGGGACAAGGGCUGUUGUGGUGAAUUACGGUGAAGCAGUUGAGAUUGUGCUUCAAGCAACUAAUCUUGGUGCUGGUGGAAGCCAUCCAAUUCAUUUGCACGGUUUUAGAUUUUAUUGGGUCGGAACUGGUUUUGGAAAUUUUAACAAUGUGACUGACCCAAGCACUUACAACCUGGUUGAUCCACCACUGAUUAACACGGUCCAUGUUGUUGGUGAAGGAUGGGUUGCCCUUAGAUUUUUUGCAUCUAAUCCAGGUAAGUUUUCAUUUAAUUUUAGGACAUUAGAAAACUCUUCGGCCCUCUUUUUGUAACGUAAGUUAUAAGUUAAUAUGCAUGGUGUAUAUGUUUUCAGGGGUAUGGUUUAUCCACUGUCAUUUCGAUAGGCAUAGUAGCUGGGGUAUGGACACUGUUUUAAUUGUGAGGAAUGGAACCACCGCUGAAACAAGCAUCCUUCCACCGCCUCCUGGCAUGCCUCGUUGUCCUGGAACCUAGAAGUACCGUUAAUAAGGUUCUCAUUUGCAAAUGUGUAACGGCGUAAAAAUAAAGUUAAAUUUCAUUGGCAUUCUCAUACUUAACAUUGAAAGCAUUGAGUGGGAAAGAGAAUACAAUUUGUACGCUACUCGUUCAAAACACGUCAUUGUAUUGAGACAAUGAUAACAAGUGUUCGGGUCUAUAAAGUAAUGACAUCAAUCAAGAAAAGUAUCACUCGAUAAGAUGAAUUGACUUCGACAUGUUUUGUCACGUUCUCCAAUCUAAAAGAAAGUAAU